AGGGAAAGCUGAGUGAUUUUUGGUGCCUCUUUCCCCCACUGUUUUGGGAACGUUGAGCUUGCCUGGGGGCGGGGAUGUUGAAUACUUUGAAAAUUAUUCCUUCUUGGUUGCAGUUGAGGGACUCUGGAAGCCCCCACGCAGUCCCUCACCUCCAUCCUAAGAAGAGAGGCUGAUGGCGGGACAGGGAUUUGGGGGGGGUAGUGUGGGAAAGGGGUGCGCGGUUGCACCUGCGGUGCGGUUCAGCGUGCAGAGGGACUCAGGGAGCCGGCACAGGACAGCCCUGAGCGGGGAAGGUGGCGGGAUUUCUGGCGGUUGCUCUGUAUGUAGUUCGGACGCUGCGUGGCUCCUUGUUAGCUCCCCGUGGCUGUUCCCUCCUGUUCUAAAAUUUAUUUCUCCCCAUGGUACAAGCUUUGUUAAAAAUAAUAAUAAAGCUAACUGCGGGCUAGAGAUCGGCCGAUGUCAGGCUUCAGAUUCCUGAGGUCCAUGGACUGGGCGAGGGGAGAAACAAACAGCCCCAGCCCGCGUUUCUAUGUUAAGAUCCAGGAGGAGAGAAGGGGACUUUGUAGCCCUUGCUGGGGGGAGCUGGAGAAGGGGGCGCGGGGUGCAAAAGAGAUCUUGAGAGAUCUUUGCGAGUGAUUUUGCAAAAAAAAAAAAAAAAAAAAAGGAUUGCGAGGUUGGUUGGAUUUGCAACCUGUGGCUCCCCGCUAGGGAGUAGGAAUGGGGGAAAGAAGGCGGCGGCGGCAGCCCUGGGCGGGAGCGGGCAGAGCGUAGAAGCCCAGGAAAUCAGCAGAGCUCGGGGACAGCGAGAGCGAGGGGCCACCACUCUGAUGGGUGUAGUGGACGGUGGUAAAUGUCUUGGAAAUUGGAUUGUUUUGCCUUGAUGAUGCCGCGUUAUUGGAACUCUAGCAAAAAAAGAAAAAAAAAUGGAACUAGUGUUGCAACUAUGAGCUUGAAAGCUCAUCCAUGUAAAACAAACACAGCCCCAACAUUUUUCUAAAAUGGGGUGGGGGGUUAUUCUAUGGUGUACCAGUUCUUGGAACGGUUAAGAAGUGGUGUUGAGAGUCUCCAAAGCUCCCAGGAAGGUGGAAAUUGCAAGUAAGGUCCCGACAGUCCUAAACUGUUGUUGAGUCCAGGUCCGUGACCACCUUAGUAAACUGGUCAUCUUAUCUCUUCCACCCUCUCCUCUAUUUAAUCUUUUAUGGAUGUCUUCUUUUAAAUCAGUUUCUAAUUUCAAAGAAGGGAGCUCUUGUAGUGCUUUUGCUUUUUAAAGUGUUAGUAGAUGCAUUUUUUUUUUUUUAACUCUGGAAAAAAAUGGGGCAGGAGAGAAGGAACCAGGGAAAGGGCUGUUUAGAAAUACAGUUUGUGGCUCUGAGUGAUGCCACUGGCUUCCUCUACAGAGACUGCCAGUUUCCCUUAUUCUUUGCAAGGUGUGUGUGGUUUUAAUAAAUAACUUUAAAAAAUAAAAGAGGGGCCCCGGCAAGAUCAGUCAGGAGACAGGUAUCUAUUUUGCUCACUAUUUACUACUAAGAGCCUUUGGCACUGAAACAGAGCCUUCUAAAUCUGCAGCCCAAGUAGAAGUUCAUCUGGCCCUAGUCCACACACUAUUCCUGGAGGUAGCAAACACAAGUUCAAAGGAACAUAUUCUUGCUUUUAAAUAUAUACUUUUUUUUUAAUAAAAAGAGAAGACUUGUCUCUAGGAAAGAAAGAGUGAAGAGAAAUGGGCAUCCCCUUGCUAAAAUGACUGCACUUGAAUCUUCAGGCCCAAAUAGCAACCUAUAAAUGGAAAAUACCCCCCCCCCCCAAAGAAGUUUCCAGUGUCCCAUUUGUUAGACUUUGAAUACUACAGGCCCUAACAUUGGCUGGUUGUAAGGGUCUGGUGGUGACAUUGACACUAAGACUUGGAAGCCGCUGACUAAAAAACUAGGCAAUCCAAAGCAAACCAGAAAUGGGAGUUCUCCAAAUGCCCUCUUCCCCUGUGAUCAGUUUAGGUUUUUUUUUUGCCCAAUGUUUUCUUGAAAAGACUGUCCAAUUUAUUCUGGGCUUGGUAGACAAGGAUGGCACUUUAAAGCUCUUAAGCUGUUGUUUGCUGAGCCUUGAAGAGUUCCAGUUAUUGGUUGAGUAAAUGGUAGCCAUGACUAGAUGUCAAAAUCCUUCCUUCCCUCUCUCUCCCUUGCUGAGUAGCCACACUCAAGCCACACUUUGUUGUGAAAACCUUAAGAUAUUCAUAGGAUGUGGUGCCACAGCACCACCCCUCGGCGGUGAAACUCUUUGCAAAAGUCAAAUAUUUGAAAAAUAUGGUGAAUGACCUUAUGGGACUUUUUUUUUUCUUUAGGGAAGGGAGAUAAAACUAAUUUCAAAAAGGACUUUGCAUAUGAUCACUCAAACGCGUAGGAAAAAAGAAGGUUGUUUUCUAGCUCAGAUGGUGUCUUGAUAGGCAAAGUAGCUCAGUUCAAGUGCCUUGUGUCUUGUGUUUGCUUGAGCGCUCCAUCCAGGGAGGAAGCAGGCUGUCUGCAUGAGUUUAGACAGUGAGUUCUCACUUAGGUAGUCCCCCUCCCCCUUGGACUUGGAUUCUGCGCCCUGUCUGGUUUUGAGAUAAAGAGCUAUGUGUUGAUAGUAAAACAAACAAACACAGCAACUGGAGAUCUUGUAGUUUCCCCGAUGGUGUUGGUGGCCUGUAGAGAAAGGUGGUCUUGGGAGGCAGACUUGUGGACUGUGUCCGUCUAGCUUUGGAGUGCCCCAAACCCCACCCCCAAACCAGGCCAAACAAUGCGGCUCGUGCAGGUUUCCUGCACUGAGCAACAAGUGGAAACGCUGUUGCCCAUGCUCCUAAUCAGGCUACUAUGUUGUAGUAGAGCUGCCGGGUUGCUUCUCACCUGGCUGGGCUAGAAGAUUGGAAUGACUCCUCCCAACCUCCCCUCCACAAUCCCACCUCUACCCCCAUUCCCAGUCAGAGGUCGGCAGUCCCACCAGAAAGACCCUGUUCAUCUCCCAACCCCCACCCCGGACUUAACCUAGCUCCGCAGUGUGCGCCAAAGAUAACCUGCCUGUGGCCUCCAGCCCCCUCUCUAUCCCUUAACUCAAAGAUCGGGAUUUUAUUCUCUCACUUUUCUUUAUUGUUCGAUCUGUUUGGCAGGAACCUCUCCUCAUACUCACGUGUGCCAUUCUGUUUUUUGAAAACAAGUGCACCUUUUCUAUCCCUUCCCAGUACAUUCAGCCUUUCAGGCUGGGGAAAAACCCACAGCCUCAGAUACUGUGUUGUGGUUGUUAGAAGCUUGAGUAGCAGGAAGGGCGGGAUAACACCCAGUGAAAAGUGAAAUGUUUUCCAUCUCUGACUAUGAGGUGAUCCUCCUCCUCCCCAGUAUACCAAAAAGAAAAAAAAAGAAAAAAAAACUAAAUAAAACAGGGGUACUGGGGUAAGGUGUGUGGGGGAGUGGCAGUUAAUUAAUUGGGUGUGGAAGGCUAUGACCAAGCGGUGAUUUUUUUUUUUUUCGAUGUACUGAGCCUGCCAUCUAGUGGUGGCUCGUGUCUGAGCGCCCCAUCUCCAUCCUUAAACUCACAGGGGAACCUUUGGGCGCCUGAGUAUUCAUUCAGAACUGGUGCUAGGACUGUGGAGGAGGAAAAAAAAAAAAAUCAAAUGAGAAUGUCAUCCAACCUCCAAAGUUUUGGGAAGAGACUUGAAGAUUAGAAACCCCCGGAUGUUCGCUUCUUCCAUGGUGGCUCAACAACUGGCAAUGGCCUCCACUAAGAGAAUCCUGAAAUAACCCACAUUGAAUACGGUCUUGCUAACACUGUGUCUUCCCCGGGAAAGUCAGCAGUGGAGGCAUACAUAUCUCGGGGCUCUAGGACAUCCAACUCUUUUUUACAGUUUGAGGGAACAAGCCUGAUGAGGGAGGCUGCUCAUGGUGAGUUAGUGACCUAAACUGGCCCAGAUUCUAAACCUAUGAAUUCCAGGUCAGUUGACUUAAAGUCUAAGGUGAGCUGAACCCCAGGAUGUCUAAGGAAAGGAGCCACAACCAGGGCUGUGAUUUUUAACUUUUUAAGUCACUGUUGUUGGAAACGGUCUUCCUACUGUCUUGGAAGAGUUUCGUUAGAAAUCAAGGCCUGAGAGUUUCAGUAAGAGAAAUGAAUAGCAGUUCCGAAGGUGGGGGUGAUUGCGUGCAUUGAGGAGUGAAGACCCAAUCUUGCACGGAUGCUCCUUGCUGCUGCGCCAGAGGCUCACAUUUGGAUCCUGGGAUCACUUUCCUUCCAAACUUUGCUUUAGUAGCUUGGAGAAUUUGGUUGUGCGUAGAGGAAGGGUGGGGGUGGGGAUGAGAGGCAUAGGGGCAGAAGGAGCGCAAUCUUCGUAGCAUGUACGCCACUACAGCUGCUCAGCAAAGUUUUGUCGAAGUUCAAGAUUUAAGAUGGCAAAGGAACAGCUACGUGCUGGCGGCCCCUAGAGGCGGCCUGUGCUCCCCCCCACCGCGUGAGCAGGGGUCCUCUCCUGGUGGGUCAGGAUCAAGUUCAGUCUCUCCUACUGCGGGAGUAAGGUCGAAUGUGCCUCCGUUCCGGUUGGAAGCUAAUCUGAGGAUGUGUGUGAAGAAAGGUGCAGUUUGACUCAUCACUUUCCAAGGACAGUUGGUGCCUCUCAUCUUCACCAAUGUGAAUAAAAGACUGGCUGAUUUCUGUUCAGAUCGGAUUUUAAAGGCAUUGUGUGCUGGGGAGAGAUCAUGCUGCUCCUCUCCCCCAAGUAGCCUUUCCGCCAGCUAAGGCCCAGCCCAGCCUGGCCCAGCCUAGCCAGGAUGACCGAGAUAUCUCAGUUUAGGCACAUGGCUUGCUGGCAGAACCCAUCCGCUGUGUCUGGGAGGCUUCUGUGAGCUGGGGAGCAUUCCUUAUGCAGCAGGUCUUGAGAUCUCAACGAUAAAACACAUCCCUCUAUUUUAUUGCAUUUCCUAGAAGCUUGCAGGCGUGCAGCCGUGUUAUUGGCAGGAAAUGUGAUAGAAAUGAAAGUCAGGACAUAAUGUCCCUGAACACCUCGGUCACCCAAAGCGACUGCUGAGGCCACGGUGUUAUCAAAUUCGCUUUCAUCUACUUUCUACUUUCUUCCCUCCCACCCACCUCUCUGCAGUGUAGAGCGCUCAAAGUGUCAGUCCCCAGCGCAAAAACAACUCCGUGGUUUGACCUCGCCCCCCCCCCCUACCACUGACCCACAGUGGUUAGACCCCAGUAGCUCAAGUUAUCCACAAAAAGGAGCGCUUUUUGUGGGGUUUGCUUUGCAGCAGUUCCAGUCUUAUUAAGAUUCUUCUCCCCUCCCCCUAAAGAAGGCUUUGCACUUCCAAGUUCAACCCUCCCCCCCCUUUUUUUUUUGAAGAGAGUUAAUUGGAGUUAUUAGAUUACCAAUAAGCCCCAAGCCAGACGGGAUAGAAAGGAUGGGGGCAGGGGGGAGGGCGGACAGCGUUGUCCACAUUUGGAGACUGGUGCCAAACUAGGUCAAUGAGAAAGAGGGGCGAAGCGAGCCGGACUGUAGGGUUCCAGCGUUGAUGGAGGGCUCUCUCUAGUGUUCGGCCACAGUAACACAGGAUGAGCUUGGAGCUCCCGGAGCCGUGGGACUCAUGUUAUCAAUGAGUGUAUUUACUUAAUUUGGCCCUUCCUUUCCAGAUUCUUGUCCCAUCCCACACUUAGUUUUAGCAUUCACUCUCCCACCCAGCGAGGGGAAGUGAAAGCCCCCCACCUUCCCCUGGAGGACUCUCGGAGGCCUAAGAGGCCCAAUCGUACAGUGCAACUCUGACCCCGCCUCCUCCGCUGGAGAGCUGCGUGGCGCGGUGACGCUACCCGCCAGUUUUAGGACAGGCCCCGUGGCCUCAGGAAGGGGGGGGCUGUUCUUUGCCCCGCAGCACCUCCACACCCCGAAAGUACCUCUCAGAGACCACUACUUGGAACCCCAGGGGGGAGCCAGGGGGACUCAGAUUCCCGGGAAGGCCGGGGAGGAGAGGGCAGCUCAGAGCGCAGCCUUGUGUGUGUGCGCGUGCGUAUGCGUGCGCGCACUCGCAGCUGGACCUCCGCCGAAUCCCAGCCUGAAUGCUAACCUGGGCUCCGUAGCUUCGGAGAAACGGGAUUUGGAAACCCCGAACUCCGGCCAGCCUGGAGGCGAAGUUCUUAAACACUCUGGGCCGAAGCCGAACGUAGCUGGAGUGCCCGUCUGGCCCGCUGGGCUGAAAGAAGGGGCUUCAUUUUCCUCCAGCUCUGCGGGCAUGUCCUGGAUGGAGACCCGCAGCCCUAGCCUUAAGAUUUUAAGCAAAAUUUUGGACUGUGAAUCUAGGCGUUGGGUCGAGACAAAAUGGCCUCGCCGGCUGACAGCUGUAUCCAGUUCACCCGCCACGCCAGUGAUGUUCUUCUCAACCUUAAUCGCCUCCGGAGCCGGGACAUCUUGACUGAUGUUGUGAUCGUGGUGAGCCGUGAGCAGUUUAGAGCCCAUAAGACAGUCCUCAUGGCCUGCAGUGGUCUCUUCUAUAGCAUCUUCACCGACCAAUUGAAAUGCAACCUCAACGUCAUCAACCUGGAUCCUGAGAUCAACCCUGAGGGCUUCUGCAUUCUCCUAGACUUUAUGUAUACAUCUCGGCUCAAUCUGCGCGAGGGCAACAUCAUGGCCGUGAUGGCCACAGCUAUGUACCUGCAGAUGGAGCAUGUCGUGGACACUUGCCGCAAGUUUAUCAAGGCCAGUGAAGCAGAGAUGGUUCCUGCCAUCAAACCUCCUCGUGAGGACUUUCUAAACAGCCGGAUGCUGAUGCCCCAGGAAAUCAUGGCCUACCGGGGUCGGGAGAUGGUGGAGAACAACUUGCCACCGAGAAACGCCCCUGGGUGUGAAAACAGAGCUUUUGCCCCGAGUCUGUACAGUGGCCUGUCCACACCGCCAGCCUCUUACCCUGUCUACAGCCACCUGCCCGUCAGCAGCUUCCUCUUCUCAGACGAGGAGCUGCAGCUGCGGGAUGCCCGCAUGCCCAUGGCUAACCCCUUCCCCAAGGAGCGCUCCCUCCCCUGCGACAGUGUCAGGCCGGUUCCCAGUGAGUACAACAGGCCAGCCAUGGAGAUUUCCCCCAGCAUGUGCCACAGUAACAUCUACUCCCCCAAGGAGGUGAGCCCGGAGGAGGCACGGAGUGAUAUGCACUACAGCAUGGCUGAGGGCCCCAAGCCCGCUGCCCCUUCGGCCCGGAACAUCCCAUAUUUCCCCUGCGACAAGACUGGCAAGGAGGAAGAGAGACCCUCCUCAGAGGAUGAGAUUGCCCUGCAUUUUGAGCCCCACAAUGCACCCCUAAACCGGAAAGGUCUGGUGAGUCCCCAGAGCCCUCAGAAGUCUGACUGCCAGCCCAAUUCACCUACAGAAUCCUGCAGCAGCAAGAACGCCUGCAUCCUGCAGACCUCUGGCUCCCCGCCUGCCAAGAGCCCCACUGACCCCAAAGCCUGCAACUGGAAGAAGUACAAGUUCAUUGUGCUCAACAGCCUCAAUCAGAAUGCCAAACCCGAGGGGCCUGAGCAGGCUGAGCUGGGCCGCCUUUCCCCUCGAACCUACACAGCCCCCCAGGUCUGUCAGCCACCCAUGGAGCCCGAGAGCCUUGAUCUCCAGUCGCCAACCAAGCUUAGCACCAGCGGGGAGGACUCCACCAUCCCACAAGCCAGUCGGCUCAACACCAUCGUUAACAGGUCCCUGACAGGCUCCCCGCGUAGCAGCAGCGAAAGCCACUCACCGCUCUACCUGCACCCCCCCAAGUGCACGUCCUGUGGCUCCCAGUCCCCCCAGCAUGCAGAGCUGUGCCUCCACACUGCAGGGCCCACCUUCCCUGAGGAGCUGGGGGAGACCCAGUCUGAGUACUCAGAUUCCAGCUGUGAGAAUGGGGCCUUCUUCUGCAAUGAGUGUGACUGCCGCUUCUCUGAGGAGGCCUCACUUAAGAGGCACACGCUGCAGACCCACAGUGACAAACCCUACAAGUGUGACCGCUGCCAGGCGUCCUUCCGCUACAAGGGCAACCUCGCCAGCCACAAGACUGUGCACACGGGUGAGAAGCCCUACCGCUGUAACAUCUGUGGGGCCCAGUUCAACCGGCCAGCCAACCUGAAGACCCACACUCGCAUCCACUCUGGAGAGAAGCCCUACAAGUGUGAAACCUGUGGAGCCAGAUUUGUGCAGGUGGCCCACCUUCGUGCCCAUGUGCUCAUCCACACUGGUGAGAAGCCCUACCCCUGUGAAAUCUGUGGCACCCGGUUCCGGCACCUCCAGACUCUGAAGAGCCACCUUCGGAUCCACACGGGAGAGAAACCUUACCAUUGCGAGAAGUGUAACCUGCAUUUCCGUCACAAGAGCCAGCUGCGUCUGCACUUGCGCCAGAAGCAUGGCGCCAUCACCAACACCAAGGUGCAGUACCGUGUGUCGGCCACCGACCUGCCCCCGGAACUCCCCAAAGCUUGCUGAAGCAUGGAGUGUUGAUGCCUUCCAUCCCAGCCCCUAAUGAGAAUCAACCCAAAGGAUACUGUAACACUUUACGAUGUCCAUCCCAUGAUGUAGUGCCUCUUUCAUCCACUAGUGCAAAUCAUAGCUGGGGAGGAGGGUGGGGAGGGCGGGGGGUAGAUGGGAAUGGGGAACCAAGGCGGCUCCCCUUCCCCCAUGGCCAUAAAACAUUAAGAAAAAAAAUAAUAUUGCUUCUUCUCCUAUGUGUAAGGCAAACCAUGUCAGAAAAAAAAAAAGUAAAAUUGUUUUCUAUAUUGAACUGGGGGAAUACUCGAAAGUUCUGACUUGACUUAGUCUGCAAAAUGAGGAAUGUAUAUGUUUUGUGGGAACAGAUGUUUCUUUUGUAUUGUAAAUGUGCAUUCUUUAAAAAAAAAAAGAAGAGACUUCAGUAUGUUAUCAAAGAGAGGGCUUUAAUUUUUUAACCAAAGGUGAAGGAUAUAUGGCAAAGUUGUAAAUAUAUAAAUAUAUAUAUAUAUAUAUAAAAUAAAUAUAUAUAAACCUAAAAAAGAUAUAUUAAAAUAUAAAAUUGCAUUAAAGGCUCGAUUUUGUAUCUGCAGGCAGACACGGAUCUGAGAAUCUUUAUUGAGAAAGAGCACUUAAGAGAAUAUUUUAAGUAUUGCAUCUGUAUAAGUAAGAAAAUAUUUUGUCUAAAAUGCCUCAGUGUAUUUGUAUUUUUUUGCAAGUGAAGGUUUACAAUUUACAAAGUGUGUAUUAAAAACUAAACUAAACAAAAAAAGAACAAAAAAAGCAGCUGAAGGAAAAAUGUGUAGUUUUGUUCCAGUUUUUUGGUUUGUAUAUACCUGUACAACGUGUCCUACGGUGCCUUUUUUCUUGAAAGUUUUCAAUGACGGGCAAGCGUGCCAUCCCUUUUUGAAGUGUAGGCAGACACAGGGACUUGAAGUUGUCACUCACUAAGCUCUCUUUGGGAAUGUUUGUCUCAUCACAUCCUGCGUCAUGCUUGUGUUAUAACUACUCCGGAGACAGGGUUUGGCUGUGUCUAAACUGCAUUACCGCGUUGUAAAAUAUAGCUGUACAAAUACAACAAUAAAAUGUUGAAAAGUCAA